CAGAACUUCAGGCCACUAGCUGAUGCUGUUCUAGGACAGCUUCAGUAUCUAUACAGGCGAGAUGUAUCAGGGGGAUGCGGUCAAAGUCAACUCGCUCUCGCUAGUCAAUGCGCGUCACGGAAAUUCAGUAGAACCUGGCUAUCAAAUACUCCAUCAAUGGAGACGAUCAGACGAUCGAUGGCGUUGAUUGUUACAGGGAAGAAGUAAAGUGAGUAGUUUAGCUCCCUCGCGCCAUCUUCUCCUCCUCAAGCUGUCGUCAACGGUUGCCUCGCCGGGGCGUCGUCUGCCAACUCCGAUGGAGGAGCCGGGCGCCGCGAGGGCGCGCGGGUGCGGCUUCGCGGUGUGGCUGCACGGCCUCGGCGAUUGCGGCCGCGCCAACGAGUUCGUCGCCGACCACUUCUCCGCGGCCGCCUUCACCAACACCCGCUGGGCCUUCCCCACCGCGCCCACCUCCCCCGUCACUUGCAACCGUGGUAUGCUGAUGCCUUCGUGGUUCGACAUCCAUGACGCUCCCAUUACGUCGAAGUCUGUAAGGGAUGAGGAGGAUGUGCUGAGAGCUGUUCAGAGCGUGCAUACCAUGAUCGACAGAGAAAUUGCUGCUGGAACAAACCCGGGAGACGUAUUCGUUUUUGGACUUAGCCAAGGAGGUGCCUUAAGCAUUACAAGCGUCUUGCUAUACCCCAAAACUCUGGGCGGUUGUGCAGUCUUCAGUGGCUUCCUUCCCUUCGGCUCCUCUUUUGCUGACAGAGUUACAGCCGAAGCAAAGAAGACGCCCGUUUUGUGGAUCCAUGGGGGAGCUGACUCGCUAGUCCCAAUCGAGGCAGGGCGAGAUGGAGUCAAAUUCUUGCGAGGACUUGGCAUGACCUGCGAAUUCAAGGUGUACGAGAGGCUUGGGCAUACGCUGGCGCCCUACGAACUGGAGUACUGUGAGCGAUGGGCGGCAGACGACAUCCUGAACGAGCACGGAAAAGGCCUCAAGCGGGGUGGGCCGUCGAAAACCGUUAGAGACGAGAAAGAAGUCCUUAGAGCUGUUGAGCAGGUGCAUGAAUUAUUAGACAAAGAAAUAGCUGCUGGAACGAGUCCGUCGAACAUUUUUGUUUGUGGGAUGAGCCAAGGAGGUGCUCUAGCCAUAGCAAGUGCUCUACUCUACCCAAAAACUUUAGGUGGCUGUGUUGUCUUCAGUGGUUCAGUUCCACUGAGUAAAUCAUUCGCUGAAAAGGUGUCGUCUGAAGCUAGAAAGACACCGGUAUUAUGGUUCCAUGGAAUGGCGGAUGGGCUGGUUCUGUUUGAAGCGGGCCAUGCUGGGUGUGCAUUUUUAGAAGAGCUUGGCAUGACCUUCGAAUUCAAGGCUUAUCCCACUCUUGGACAUUCAUUGGUAGAUGAAGAGCUCCAGUAUUUUCAACAAUGGAUCAAGGAUCGUUUAGGGAUCUCUGCAGGAACUGAAACCACAAGGCCAUCAUCAUCACCCCACCACAAGGAUCUCCAGUAGCUGCUGCUGCUUCUGAUGAAUAUACCUUAGUUUCUAGUUCAAUUCAUGGCUGCUAUAUUUAGGUGGCACAUCGGUUGUAAACUUCAAUUUGCUUUGCUACAGGCCCACAUGAAUGACAUUUUAUAGGUUGCCUAAUGAAUGUCUAAUGAAUGUCUUGUGAUUUUUGUA